AUGGAAGAUUAUAAUGUCAAACAUCUCAAUUCUGGUCAGGACUUCUCACGGCCCUGGAUGCUUCACAACCCACACCACACGACACAAGGAUGGUCUCGCGAACAAGUGGAUCCUGGUGUGGAAGCCUUUCAUCGCACUCUACCAGAUUACAAUGAAACACAGCUACACGAUUUACCCACGGUGGCUAAGGAGCUCGGCCUCGCUCGAGUGUUCAUCAAGGACGAAUCUACACGUUUUGGACUUCCAGCUUUCAAGGUCCUAGGCGCCAGUUACGCGGUUCAUCGAACUGUCUGCAAGCAAAUGGGCCUUCCGGCCUCUACUACUCUGAAGCAACUCAAGGAUAAUAUAUUGAAGAACCAAGAUCAGUCGAUCCGACUCGUCACAUGCUCCGAAGGCAAUUGGGGUCGGGCUUGCGGAAGGAUGGCGAAGAUCUAUGGACUGCCCUUGACGAUAUAUGUACCAGGAUUCAUGAGCGAGUAUACCCAGAACUUGCUGCGCGGCGAAGGUGCGGAGGUCAAGGUUUUGGAAGGUGGGAGCUACGAUGAUUCCAUUGCUGCUACCAGGCGUGAUUCGGAGGAGACUGGCGCUUUGAUGGUGAUGGAUGUCAGUUGGGAAGGGUAUACGGAGAUUCCAAAGUGGGUAACGGACGGCUACAGUACGAUGCUUACAGAAGCGGGCCGACAAGUGGCAGCCCUGGCGAACGAUGCCAAACCAAACACAUUUUUCGUGUCUGUCGGAGUGGGCAGCUGGGCUCACUCAACAGUGGCGCACUAUAAAGCUGCCAAUCCAAACAACGACAUCAUCGCCGUGGAGCCUGACACUGCUGCGUCGUUGAAAGAGUCUCUGCACGUUGGCGAACUAACUCCUAUUGAGACUGACGAUACGAUCAUGGCUGGCAUGAACUGCGGUACCACAUCUCAGAUCGCAUGGCCUAUUCUGAAGACCGGAGUGACAGCCGCGGUGACCGUGACCGACCAGGAAUCGCACGAAAGUGUCAAGUUCUUCAAGAAGAACGAAGUCAAUGCUGGGCCUUGCGGGGCCGCGACGUUGGCUGCUCUGCGCAAGUAUGUAUCAACAUUGACUCCUGCAGCGAGAAGUAACAUGGUGGUGAUUUUGUUCAGCACAGAGGGUUGGAGGGAAUAUGAAAUCCCGAGCUGA